AUGCAAAAUUGGGGUCUGAACUGUUCUGAUGAUUGUGUGUUAUGUUCUGGUGGAAAGGAAUCAGCAGAACAUCUGUUUUUUGCUUGUUCUUUUUCUGCUACAAUUUGGCAAGCUGUGCUGAAGAAACUGGGAAUUCAUAGGAGGAGUGCAGGUCUUGCUUAUGAGCUUGGAGAGGCGGCUAAAGCUAGCAAGAAAACUGGUUGCAUUGCUAAGCUUUAUGUUAUGUGUUUCACAGAAGCAAUCUAUAGCAUUUGGCUUAUGAGGAAUUCUGUUGUUUUCAAGAAUCAUGUGAAAUCGUCUGAGUACUUUUGUUAA